GCUCCUCGGCCUCCUGGCUGCGGUGCAGCGUCAGCUUCGCUCGGCCUCGGCGGCGGUCCACUCACCUCGGCUCCCCGAGCUCGGCCGCCCUCCGCCGCCCGCCCGCCUGCCUAGGCCGCAGCCCCUGGCUCGCGUCGCGCCGCCCCCUAUGGGCCCCGGCUGAGGCGCCGCCGCCGGCCGCGGAGCCCUGAUGCUGGCCCGGAGGAAGCCGGUCCUACCGGCGCUCACCAUCAACCCCGCCAUCGCGGAGGGCCCGUCCCCCACCAGCGAGGGUGCCUCCGAGGCAAACCUGGUGGACCUGCAGAAGAAGCUGGAAGAGCUGGACCUGGAUGAGCAGCAGAGGAAGCGGCUGGAGGCCUUCCUGACCCAGAAGGCCAAGGUUGGCGAACUUAAGGACGACGACUUUGAGAGGAUCUCAGAGCUGGGUGCUGGCAAUGGCGGCGUGGUCACUAAGGCCCAGCACAGGCCAUCAGGCCUCAUCAUGGCCAGAAAGCACACAGCCUCUGCCUCACAGAGCACCAUUCCAGCACAAGGAGGCUGGUUCAGGAGCAUGCUGGGCCCCAGGGCUUCGGCUGCAGGAUUCCAGCCAGCUGAAGAGGAACUGGCCUGCCUGCCGGGAGGGAGGCCCAUGAGGUGUGGAAAGCUGAUCCACCUGGAGAUCAAGCCAGCUGUCCGCAACCAGAUCAUCCGGGAGCUGCAGGUGCUGCACGAGUGCAACUCACCCUACAUUGUGGGCUUCUACGGGGCCUUCUACAGUGACGGCGAGAUCAGCAUCUGCAUGGAGCACAUGGAUGGUGGCUCGCUGGAUCAGGUUCUGAAGGAGGCCAAGCGGAUCCCUGAGGACAUCUUGGGGAAGGUCAGCAUUGCGGUGCUCCGGGGCCUGGCAUACCUGCGCGAGAAGCACCAGAUCAUGCACAGAGACGUGAAGCCCUCCAACAUUCUGGUGAACUCUCGAGGCGAGAUCAAGUUGUGCGACUUCGGGGUGAGCGGCCAGCUGAUUGACUCCAUGGCCAACUCAUUUGUGGGGACGCGCUCCUACAUGUCUCCAGAGCGGCUGCAGGGCACGCAUUACUCUGUGCAGUCAGACAUCUGGAGCAUGGGACUGUCGCUGGUGGAGCUGGCCAUCGGAAGGUACCCCAUUCCCCCACCCGAUGCCAAGGAAUUAGAGGCCAGCUUUGGCCGGCCUGUGGUCGAUGGCGCAGAUGGAGAGCCCCAUAGUGUCUCACCGCGGCCCAGGCCACCCGGACGCCCCAUCAGCGGUCAUGGGAUGGACAGCCGACCUGCCAUGGCCAUCUUUGAACUGCUGGACUACAUUGUGAACGAGCCGCCUCCCAAACUGCCCAGCGGUGUGUUCAGCUCGGACUUCCAGGAGUUUGUGAACAAAUGCCUCAUUAAGAACCCAGCGGAGCGGGCGGAUCUGAAGAUGCUGAUGAACCAUGCCUUCAUCAAGCGCUCGGAGGGGGAGGAGGUGGACUUCGCGGGCUGGCUGUGCCGAACCCUGCGGCUGAAGCAGCCUAGCACACCCACGCGCACCGCAGUGUGACCGCCAUUGCCCAGCAGCCUCUGUGCCCUUGUCCCUGUCAGCACAGUGGCCGCCUCUGGGGACAGUGAAGCUGUGUGUUGUGCAGGGGACCUGCUUCCUGCGUGUGAAAACCAAACAAAUGGAGAGAGAAAGCUG